AUGUUACCGCAAAGGAGUGAGGACAUCCUGCGCUACAUCUGCGUACGGAUCCCGGCGUGCGGCGGUGACCAGGCGCGGCCCCGCCUCUCCCUCUACCUCUCCAGCAUGUUGAUGGCCGGCUCGGUCCGGGUGCACCGUCACCAGACGGGCGUCUUGCUCUUUGAUGUAGCGGCGGCAUUUGAAAAGCUGAUGAAGACACCAUACACAGGUUCACUGGAGAACGAGCCGGCCAGCUACCGGAAGGUGACGCUGGCGGUGGACCCGCUGGAGCUGGUGCCGCCCGGCGACCCGUUCCAGCUGGGCUCGCUGUACGACAUUGGCACCAUGCCGAACAUCCCGACCGCAGCCGCGGAGCAGGAGGACGAGCCGGCCAGCCACCACCGGCCCGAGCUGAACGGCAACGUAGCGGUGCCGAGCGAGAUCACGCUGCGGGAGGAGCAGCGGCCAGCCGGGACUUUGGAGAUGUGCUGCCCGCCGCACCAGCGCCCGCUGCAGCAGCCGUUCGCGGACCCGCUGCUGGAGCUGGAGCUGGGAGUUGGAGCUAGCGCCGGCGCCGACGUAUCGAGAUGA